AUGAAUGAAAAGUCAGAGAUUACUGAGGUUGAUGUUCCAAUCACUACAAAGGGAAAUGUUUUCAUGUUUUUAAAGUUGAAACAAGACUGGUUGAUUCUAUUGUUGGGUUCAACUUUUAUGGCAAUAUCAGCUGUCAGCACACCAAUUUCAACUAUCAUUUAUGGUGAUAUCAUUGGUGCAUUGUCCAACUACUAUCUUGGUAAGUUCACAUCGUACGAUGUAUUUAUUCAUCAUUGUUUAAAACUAUGUGGUAUAUUGAUGGCAGUAGGUUUGGGGAAAAUGAUUACUGUAUGGUUGGGAAUGUCAUUGUGGUUGAAAUUUGGAGAAGUGCAACAACUGCGUGCAAGGCUGGCAACAUACGACAAUUUGUUGAAACAGGAUGCCAAGUGGUAUGAUCAAAACCCAAAUAUAAUGGGAGAGCUAGCUCAAGUUAAUCGAUGCAUUGAGGAAUUACGUUCAGGAAAUGCUGAAAUCAUGGCUGAAACCGUACAAACAGUUGCGUUGAUUAUCAGUUUGAUCAUCGUGUCAUUUUAUCAAUCAUGGGCCAUUACCUUGAUUAUCAUGGCAUCAGCUCCCGUGAUGGCUAUUUGUGCUUGGUAUUUUGGAAGUAUUACUUAUCGUGCUCAGGAGCAAGAGAAUAAUCACAGCUCAAAUGCAAGUAAAAUUUUGGAUUGGUGUCUUACUUCACCAAUGACAGUCAGAGUGUUUAAUGGGAAAUAUGUUGAAAUGGUGAAAUUUAACAGGUUUAUCAAUGAUUCAGCUAAAGCAUACUAUAGAGUGGCCAAUGCUAUUGCGGCAAAUUCAGGGACAUUGAAAUUUCUCACAUUAAUGAUGUUUGUGCAAGGAUUUUGGUUCGGUAAUUACUUGUUGAUGAGGGAUAGCAUCACUGUUAACCAAUUGUUUACAUGUUUUAGUUCGUGCUUGAUGUUGGGACAAUCUAUAUCCAAGAUUAGUCAGUUGAUGGCAAUAAUUAAUACUGCUCAUGCUGCCGCUAGUAGAAUAGCAUCUUAUUUGCAAACAUUGAAUGAAGAUCAGGAAUAUAAAACAAACACGAUAAAGUAUCCAAUGGGGUGUAGUGGAGAGAUUGUGUUUGAUAAUGUUUGCUUUAGCUACCCCGCUAGAGAAGAAUUGGUAUUGAAAAAUACUUCGUUUACAAUUGAAGCGGGGAAGAUGAAUUUUGUUAUUGGUCUGUCAGGUGCUGGCAAGUCAACUUUACCUCUUCUUUUGAUGAAAUUGUAUGAGAGGAAUAGCGGGACACUUAAAAUUGAUGGGCUUGACAUUGACUUACUUGACUCAUGCUGGAUACUGCAAAAUUUGGUUUUACUUCAACAGACUCCCGUCAUUUUCAAUGGCACGAUACGAGAGAAUAUCGCCCUUGCGGUAAUUGACAAUUAUGACUCCAUUGAAACUGUUCCAAUUGAUUGGAUUUACGAAGCGGCUAAUUUCGCAUUAUUGGAUUUGGAUUUGGAAACAAAGAUUACCCCAUUGUCGCUAUCUGGAGGUCAGCAACAAAGAUUGGCUAUUGCAAGAGCAAGGUUAAAGAAUCCUCCAGUAUUAAUUCUUGAUGAAGCAUUCAGUGCACUAGAUUAUCAAACUAAGGAGGUUUUACUUGCACGUGUGCGAGCCUGGAGAAGAGGCAGGACCACAAUUUCGAUAACACAUGAUUACAGAAAUAUUGAGCCACACGACAAUGUCAUUAUGAUGGCACAUGGACUGGUUGUGAAACAACAGUCUUUGUUUAAAGAAUUUGUCAAUUUACAGGAUGGAGAUGUCACAUUGCAAAAAGACGCCGAGAAGCAUGAUUAUAUCACAGAGAGAGUAUUGACAGUGGAGACUGUUGAGGAAUUGGUGAAAAAAGAGUCACUUAUGGGAACUUUUGCAAUUUUAAAGUAUUGCAGUAGCACAAUUGAUGCAAAGACUAUCAUUAUCAUCGGUAUCUUGAUUUCCAUCUUGGAAGGUGGUGCAUCCCCGGUGUUUUCCUAUUGCUUUGCAAAAUUGCUUUCCACCACGGUUGAGGCAUCCAUUGGUGGAAACAUGACCAGACAAAUUAUUCAGUGGUCCGGUAUAUCCAUUGGAAUUGCUUCAUUUAUCGGAAUUUCAGCCUACGGUUCCAAAUUUUUAUUGUCGUACGCCAGUGAACGAUGGAUUGUGAUGUUGAGGAAACUUGCGUUUGAAAGGAUCAAUGGACAAGACAUGUCCUUUUUCAAGGAGAUGAAGACAGCCGAAGUAACCACUUUGUUGAUGAAUGAUGCACGUGACUUGAGAAAUUUGGUGAGCACUUUUUUGUCAGUGAUUGUCAAUUUGGUGGCUAUGGUACUUGUUGGAAUUAUAUGGUCAAUUAUUGCUGGUUGGAAAUUAGCCCUUGUGGGGCUUUCAUUUGUUCCAUUGAUCUUGUUAAUUACCGCCGCAUUUAGUAUUGUAUUACAAUCGGCUGAGAACAAAUACAAAUCCAGUGUGGUUAUACUAGAGACCCAUGUUCAUCAAACGGUGAGUUCCAUCAAGACUAUCAAAUUGUUUGCCAUGAAUCGAUACUUUGACGACAAGUUUAAGCAGUGCUUGAGCAAAGUGAACAAGGAUGGUAAUUUUCGUGCAAUUCAAACUGGUAUUGGAUAUGCUUUGAAUGAUUUAAUUGCAGCAAUUGCUACUGGAGUUAUAUUGUAUUACGGUAUGGAGUUGACGGGGAAAUCUGAGUAUAGUCAUGAACGAUUGUUGCAAGUGGUGACUUUGUUAACCUUCACUUUGGCCAAUGCAGCCAGUUUGAUACAUUCCCUACCUGAAGUGACCAGAGGUCAGCGAGCGGGAACAUAUAUUGUCAAGUUACUUGAGCUGACGCCAUUGGCUAAAAUCGAGAACGAUGGAUAUGAUAUGCCUCGGCCCAAUGACGAAGUAAUCAGUUUCAACAACACUAGUUUCAAGUACGACGACAAUUAUGUUCUUUGCAAUGUGUCAUUUAAAAUUUUCAAGAAUCAAUUGGUUGGACUCGUGGGUAAAUCAGGGUCAGGAAAAUCAACAAUUUCAUUGCUCAUACUACGUCUUGUUGAUUCAAAUUCAAACUCCAUCUCCAUUUACAAACAGGACAUAUCAACGGUGAAUAUCGAUUGGUUAAGAGAGACGAUUAGUAUUGUGCCACAACUCCCCAAAUUUUUUGAAGGUUCAAUAUUGGAAAAUCUUGUGUAUGGAAUCAGUCCCACCCGGCAAGUCAAUUUCAAAGAGUUGAAACAUCAUCUUCGAAUAUGUGGCGUGUAUGACUUUGUAAUGUCAUUGCCAGAAGGGUUACACACAAGAGUUGGUGAAGGAAACAAUACAUUGUUGUCAGGAGGUCAAUUACAGAGAUUAUCCAUAGUUCGAGCAUUGAUUAGACGGCCCAAGAUUUUGAUAUUCGAUGAAUGCACCUCCAACUUGGACCCCACAAACGCAAGAUUGAUUGUGGAUUUGAUAUUGAGUUUAAAGAAUAAGUACACCAUUCUUUGCAUCACUCAUGAUCAAGAAAUGAUGAAUAUGGUUGAUAAAAUGUACACUUUGGAAAAUGGAACAAUUGUAUAA